GGCCUUCAUAAGCUGCAAGAUAUUCCCUUUGGAGCAUAUGGGCAAGAAAAUAAAAUCACUACCAAAAAUCACGAAUACUUCGAGCUGCUCGCCAGAUUCUUUGAUUACCUAAUCUUCAACACAUCCAUCCACUCAUACACAUAAAUCAUGAGGAACCAACUAGCAUACUGGGGACCAUGGCGCACGCCCGGAAGAAUCCAGGCUGCCCAAUUCGGAGGCUUUUAUAUUGCAUACCUGGUACCGUUUUCGCUCUUCCUAUAUGCCAUGCAAGACCCCGCUAGUGUUGCGGAAAAGCGAAGGCGAGCAGAACGACGGCGUCUAUGGGCGAAAUAAACUUCCCGAACGCAUUACUCGACAUGCGUGUGUCGAACAUCAAGAGCAGGAGUUCAAAAUACAUCAUAUAUCCAUGAGCCGACGGUGGCGAGAGAUGAUUUGACGCCAUCCAACAACACAAUCAACAAGAACCAAGCCGAAUGAAAGAAAUACUGGAAGAGAGCAGUUAUUCCGACCAGCAAUGCACCAUUGUACAUAUCUGAAUACACACCUGCGGGAAGCUCGAUUCCUCACAGGAUGGCCGUCCAGUUUAAGGGCAUGAGCAUCGUUAUCAACACCAAAGAACCCUUACAAGGAUGACUGGACGUUGGAAGGGCAGACAACAGGAGUUGGGGGAACAUAUUCAUUGGCAUUGGCCAGGCUUUUAUCACAGGAUGAUGGGCUUUGUUUAAUAAAAUGCUAUAGUCGGAUACUAGCAAAUCAAAUAUGGGACUCGAAAGUGGUUACAUGAAGCGUUUGUAUGGUCGAUCCCGGGAAGGGGGCACACCACUCGUCGCAUGUGAAGAGUCCCAGUUCAGAUUAAUUACUUGAGCAGUAUUCGUGCGCAUAUUUUUAAGCUCAUGGACCCGAGGCCAGGCGAGAAAUUGCGACGUCUGGAGUAAAAAACCUUCUUGACUGGGGAAUUUGCUGGAUCUCACUACACCCAGACAGCCAGACCCGAAUUGACCCCCUCGGGCGCCGCCAAUCUUUGGCUCUCCUGUCGCACCCGAGACCCGGACAGCCGAGAGUUUUGCGGCUUGGGAGGACAAAGAAGUUUGUCCCUGAGGCAUGACUCUCACUGGCACAUGCCAAUAAGCGGACAGACCAGUCGCAUGUGAAAGUUUCAGAGGUGACAUCUGCCCCAUCAUCUAGAAAAAUCUCAUGCCGGCCGUUGCCUCUGGGCUGUGGUUCCCUCAACAAACACCCCCGGACAUCCGUGCAGAUUAAACAUGGCCAUAGUUCCCUGUCGCUCGUAUCUGCUUAUUAUGGAGUCUGCAGUGUCUUCCAGCAUGUGCAAGGGUCAUAUCAGGAAGUGAUAACAUCAGAUCCCGGGGAAGAGUGUGUGCUCUUCUCACCUUAUCUAUCCCCAGCCUAUCUCUCAGCGUUUCACCCAGAUAAAUCGCCAGGCAUCAGUCAGUGUGCAUCUUUCCUUGAAAUCACGGCCAGCUUCAACCAUAUUACCUACUCAGAAUGCCUGCAACAGCGUGCGAUCACGCCAUGAUGGCUCCUAACCAGUCCAUGUGCACCGAAGUCGUUCGUUCGAGCUUGUUUACCAUGCUUCCUACCGCUGUACGAUCGCGGAUCCCCGUCCUAUCCUCCAUCAGACGCUCAGCCAAAGCUGUUGUCUUCAGUGGUGCCGAUAAUGCGCGUCGAAAGGCAUAUACAAUCUCGAGUCUGGACAGCAAUCAAGAUAUGUACUCUGUUGGAUUUGCGUCCACGGUACCCAACAGCGAAUUGAGUACUCCGACGUUAAGACCUCAAACUCCAGAAGAGUCGAUUCGCACCUCAGAACUCAGCUUGACGAUGCUGCCUCAGCCAAUGACUGAGUCGGGGGUGAAAUGGGAUGUUGCUACAACAGGCAUUCGACUCUGGACAACAGCCAAACAACAAGCCGAACAGAACGGCGACUCGGCCGCAUUGCGCAGCAUGCAUAUUGAUGCGGUGAGAUAUAUGCACAUGGCCCUGCCAUCGGACUUGACCCCUCUAGAGAUCAACAGCCUCAGAGCUAGCAUGCCUGUUGAGUUACUGCCCUUUCCUGAGUCGCCCAGUCCAAGAAUCGAGCGACCUCCGACCAUGUUGCGGCGGAGCGUGGCACAGUUGGUAUGCUGGGCUUUGGCAAUUGUGCUGUUUGUCGUCCCGGUAGUCAUGGCCUUUCUCAAUCGUGCUCUUCAGAUUGCACUCAACGUCGAACGGCGACAUCAAGUGACAGAGCGAUUUCUAAGCAACAGCCUCGACAUCGUCUCUGCUUUUGGAGAGCAGGGAUCUAGACUACAACAGCCAAUGGCUCGAUUCAAGGAUGGACCUUUGGGGCUAGCAUUUUUGAAGAUACUGAAUUGGUUUAUGGAAGGGGUUUUGGGUGGCGUCAACGAUGGUUUUGAGGCCAUCGCUCAACGGCGGCCAAAAGCUGCUUGAGAGCGUUGGGCUAUUUGGUGUGGUUUGUUUGGGAGAAGCGGGUUGGGAUGGACGUCUGUUAUUGCCCUUAUGAUUAUGAUACCCUUUACGCUAGACACGAAUGACGAUAGAUACAAUACACUUGACGUCUCCUUA